AUGGAUCCUGGACUAACAGACCAGGACGUGGAACGUGAUGACAAUGUGUCAGUUUACUCUAAGUCUUCUAGUGGAUCCGGAUCAUCACGUAAGAAAUCGCUGAAAAGGGCGCUUGUCUCGAAAAUGAAACUGGACCUGGCAAUGGCUAGGGCAAAGGAGAAAGCUGAAGCAGCUCGAAUGACAUACGAACAUAAACAAAGAAUGAAACUUAGGCGCCUAGAAGAGGAAGCAACAUUAGCUGAACAAGAAUGGAAGAUUGAAACAGAGUACAAUGAUGAGGGAGGUCUGACAGCUGGCGCUGCUAGUUCCUUGGAUGCUACCACGUUCCUGGUUGAUAAGAGACCACAUUCUACUCCGGUCACUUCUGACAAAAUUGAGGCCAGUGUAUCUGACGCAAACCCAGGAGCUACCUCCGCCACUGGUAAGGAGACCGUAUCCCAACUGAACCCUUGUACAGAAACGUCAGCCACCCCAGUGUCGGGAAUUUUGAAGCCUCGGGACAGCAUGAAAACUCAACCGAAGUCAUCCCUUUCAAGGAUAGAGUCUAAUGUCCCCAAGACCCUUGACAGCGUGAAAUCACCCCAGUCCUUCAGAGUACCCAGUGUCCAACAAUCACAGAGGGCUACUUGUGGCGACCACGCCCCACAUGAUCCUGUCGCAGCAAUGUGGAAGGCUCAAAUGCUGGGUGGUAUGCAGCCAACACGGUUUAGUGGGAAUCCAGUGGAUUUCCCCUUCUUUCGUGACCAAAUGCGUACACAUCUUGAAAGUGAUUUGCUUACUGAUGCCCAGCGUGUUGAAUAUCUCCCAAAGUUUGUUACUGGAGAAGCUUUGGAAGUGGUAAAGCGAAACAGAGGCUGUUCAUUUAACGACAGCAUGAAAACCCUUGAGGAACGCUUUGGCCAAACAAUAAGGGUAACUCAAGCAUGCAUAGAAGAUCUUGUAGCUGGGCCAAGGCUGACCUAUGGGGAUAAUAUUGGACUCAUGAACUUUUCUGAGAAGCUGAACGCAGCUACAAAAAUUCUUCAAGGGGACAUUGAACGUGAAGCAAACGUCGCAACAAACCUCAAGCGUAUCGUUAGCCGUCUUCCUAAUGACCUGAUCAUCAAAUGGCAAAACGAAAACUAUGAGAUUGUUAAGAGCGGAAGGUCUCCUCAGCUGAAGGACAUUGCUGCCUUUGUGAAGAGACAAGCGUCCAUUAGAAACGACCCAGUGUUCGGAGGUCAAAUGUUGAAGCGAGAGUAUAAAGAGCCCAAGGCGCCUCCCAAACCUCCAAUAAGGAAUCCCACAAUUGGUGCCACGGAUCUUGAAUUUAAACCUCCCGCCCCUGGCUUGAGAAGCUGCGGAGUCUGCAAGUCUAAGCGUCAUAAACUUCAACAUUGUCCUAUAAUCAAGAAGUGCGAGCAUGUUGCAGUCCGAAGACAGUAUGCGGCCUCCUGCGGCGUUGAAAAGCCUGGGUAUGGUUCUAGCUCGUGCCCUGAACCGCCCGCAUGCUCAAAAUGCCCAGGGCGUCACCUUAGUCUUCUGCAUACUGACAAAGUUCAGGAUGGCCGCCGUCCUAACCCACCCAAUAAUAAGGAGUCCAACGACAAAGGUGACAAGCCCCCAGCCAUCUCCCAUCCUGCUAGUCACGAGGGAGCGAAUACAGGUCAAGCUGCUAGCAUUACUUCAGACAAGCCUGAACCAAUAUCCAUAUCGUCAGCCGGUUUGUCUACCGCCGAAACACAAGUUUUGUUGAACGUUGUACCUGUCAUUGUCACCGCGAUGAAUGGUAAUACUGUAUCAACCUACGCCUUUCUAGAUAGUGGCUGUACAGAUACCCUCAUCGAUCGUGGUUUAGUUGAUUAUCUUGGUAUACAAGGAAAACCUGAGCAGAUUGGAAUUAAUACAAUCACGAACAGUGGCAAGGUCAUAGAGUCCAAUCGAGUAUCCUUCACCUUGAGUUCCGUGGAGAGUUUUGGAAAAAGCAUUGAAGUCUCUGAGGCCUAUGUCCUACCUGACCUUAACCAGUCGCAGCGAGCAUUGCCAGAGCGAAUUGAUGUCCACAAUCACCCUCACUUGUGUGACAUUGAGUUUCCAGCAGUUGACAUUAAGAGAGUGUCCAUUCUUGUGGGAAACAACAUCCCCUAUGCACACAUCCAGAAGGAAGUUCGAGUCCCUAAAGAUGCAAGGAAAGGACUUUAUGGUUGUCGUUACCCCCUUGUUGAUCACAAGCCCGUUGAUCUCAUUGAAAGAUUCUGGAAACUUGAAGAUCAUGGAGCAGUUAAGUCAGGAGGAAGGCCCCUCUCGAUUGAAGACAAGAGAGCGAUGCAAGUAAUUGAAGACACCACACGUCUUGUAGAUGGACGUUAUGAAGUGGGCAUGCUUUGGAAGAAGGAUGAGCGCUGGUUUCCAAAUAAUCUUGUCAUGGCCAGACAGCGCUUAGAGUCCCUGAGACGUCGUCUGACAAAGUCAGGGAAUGAAGAGAUGGCCAUCAAGUAUCGUGAAUUAAUGGACAGUUACAUCAGAAGUGGAUUUGCUCGCAAGUUGUCUGAGAAAAAAUUAGCUAAGGAAUCCAGUACUCAUUGGUAUCUCCCACAUCACCCUGUAACUUCUCCUACCAAGCCUGGAAAGGUGCGUAUUGUUUUUGAUGCGGCAGCCGAAUAUGAAGGAACUUCUCUUAACAAAAAUCUGUUGAGCGGGCCAGACAUGACCAACAGUUUAGUCGGUGUCCUCCUGCGCUUUCACCAAGGUACGAUUGGUAUUGCCGCAGACAUUGAAGGAAUGUUCCACCAGAUUCGUGUGCACGAAGAAGAUCAGGAUUCAUUGAGGUUUUUAUGGUGGACAAAUACCUAUGAAGCCCCACCUGACGUUUACGUUAUGCAAGUACAUAUAUUUGGAGCAGCAUCUUCGCCUUGUGUUGCUAACUCCACCCUUCGGCGAGUUGCCGACGACAUUGCUCAGGACUUCAGCCCCAGUGUCAUUGCAGCUAUAAAAGGAAAUUUCUAUGUCGAUGAUGCUCUCCCUUCUGAGAAUGAUGAGCAGUCAGCCAUUCACCUGGCCCGAGAUAUGGUCGACGUCCUUGCCCGAGGUAGUUUCAACCUGACUAAGUUUACAUCAAAUUCGAAGGAGGUGCUUAAGACAGUUCCAAGUGACAAACUGUCCAACCAAAACCUCAACCUCGAUCUGGAAGACCCUCCCGUUGAAAGAGCACUGGGGAUACUUUGGCAUCUUGACCGCCCUGAGACUAAACGUGGCAUCUUUUCCACUGUUUGCUCCCUGUUCGAUCCGCUGGGGUUCGCUGCACCUGUAGCACUGGCUGCAAAAAGCUUGGUGCAAGACCUGUGGAAGGCUAAUGUUGGAUGGGAUGAGCCUCUGGGUGAAGAGUUUUUGUCAAGGUGGAGGUCGUGGAAAACUCAACUACCUUCCUUGUCGCAGUUGCGUAUUCCGCGAUCCUAUUUUCUGCGAGAUGGCGACCCGCAAGACUGCAAGUUGCAACUCCAUGUCUUUUCAGAUGCUUCAGAAGUCGGAUACGGUGCAUCGUCCUACCUACGAGCUGAGUACCCGGAUAGUCAGGUUCAUUGUACCUUUAUCAAGGGGAAGGCUAGGAAUGCACCAGUGAAGUUUGUUAGUAUUCCCAGACUAGAGUUGCAGGCAGCAAUACUUGCAACUCGCAUGUGUAAAAUGCUGCGAGACGAAUUAGAUCUGAACAUUGACAGGACAUUGUUGUGGACUGAUAGUGAGAUAGUGUUGCACUAUCUAAAGAAUGAGAAACGAAGACUUCAAACCUUCGUAACCAACAGAGUUGAAGAAAUAAAGGGGCAUUCACCCGUGCAUGAUUGGAACCAUGUGCCAGGGACUUUGAAUCCCGCAGACUAUGUGUCAAGGGGAUUGACCCCAUCUGCUCUGACUGUUGAUCACAGCUGGCUUCGUGGACCUGAAUUCCUGUGGGGACCAGAACAUUCCUGGCCGAAGCAAGAGUGUAGAACUGCGCUUCGUGAAGAUUUGGAACUGAUGAAAGAAACUCAUGUACACUCUCUGGAACUGAACCCCGAUUCAGUUGUGGCGAAGAAAGGGAACUCGAAAUUUGAACCCAUCAAAGAUCCUAUGGAUUAUCCCUUCCAAGUGCUUGUAACAACCUGCUCUGAUUGGACCCGCCUUAGACGCAAGGUAGCGUGGCUCUUACGAUUUACGCAGUUCAUUAAAGAUAAAAGAAAGGUCCAGACUGGAAGGUUGACUGUUGAUGAUUUGAAUGCAGCUACAUUGGCUAUCGCAAGGAUUGUACAGGGCUCAGCAUAUGCACAGGAGAUAAAGGAUCUGAAGUCGAAUGGUGCCAUCAAAAUAUCGAGCAAGAUUGCAGCCUUGAAUCCCGGAUUGGAUGCCCAGGGAAAACUAAGAGUCAAUGGACGUGGCCAGCGAAGAGUAUCUGAACCUACCAUGGGCCAGAAAAUCAUUCUGCCCAGGAAUCAUGCUGUAGCCGAGAGGAUUGUUCGUCACGUCCACCAUUUCAUUGGUCAUCUGGGGCGUAAGCACGUGAUAGCCAAGUUGCGGGAAGACUUCUGGAUUCCUCAAAUCCGCGUUCUAGUUCGCUCAGUCCUUAACCGAUGCGUCAGGUGCAAGAAAGUCCUCGCUAAACCCACGAGCCAACAGAUGGCACCUUUACCAGAGGCACGCCUCAUGGCAUAUGAAACACCUUUCUCAUACACUAGUAUGGACCUUUUCGGCCCCUUGCAUGUCAAACAUGGCCGAGGAACCACAAAGCGUUGGUGUUGUCUCUUUACCUGUUUAACUACCCGUUGUGUGCACCUGGAAGUUGUUAACUCAAUGGACACAGAUGGUUUCGUCAUGUGCUUGAGGCGCUUCAUCAAUCGUAGAGGCGAAGUGAAAGAGAUUCGUUGUGAUAAUGGCUCUAAUUUUGUGGGAGCUCAGCGCGAGCUAAAGGAGAGUCUCGAGAAAUGGAAUCAGGGGUGGAUUGAGAGUGAGCUUAUACAACAUGACUGUAAAUGGAUAUUUCAGCCCCCUACCGCCUCGAGUAUGUCUGGCGUGUGGGAACAUUUGGUUCGUAGCGCGAAGACAGUCCUGAAGGCUAUCUUGGGUGUACACGUGGUCAUAGACGUGGUCUUGCAAACGCUGCUCACCGAGGUCGAGCGUGUUUUGAACGGCAGAGCCUUAACUGCAAACUCUGAUGAUCCCAGCGACUUUGAGCUGCUAACGCCUGGACACUUCCUUAUGCAGUGCAAAGUUAUUUGCUUACCACCUGGAGUCUUCGACAAGUCUGACAUGUAUAAGAAGAAGUGGAGGCAAGUGCAAUAUCUUGCCAAUCAGUUCUGGGAGAGGUGGCUUAAGGAGUAUUUAUCCAGCUUACAGACUCGGGCUAAAUGGCGGAAGGUGUUACCUAACGUCAAACAAAAUGCGUUAGUGUUGCUAGUCUAG